GUUAGCUCACCAAAGCCUCCUUACCAGCCGUCGGACGAAGACAGAGAAGAAUAAGAUUAGCUAGAAUAAACAGCUAGCGUAGUUGGGUGUGUGUUAGGAGGUUUUGUACAGAUUUAGCAAGCCAACAAGACAUAUUCAUCAGAGAACAUUUAAUUCCUGCGAACAUACUAAAGCACACUUUAGGUUUCGAUUUCUGGUCAUCAUUCAUUUGGUGCCGUAACACUAUAGCACUACUGGCAGUCCCGAGACCCAAGAAAAUAAUGUGCUGCAGCUGAAGAUGGGUGGUAGCGGCUCCAAAUCCAAAGGAUUUUGGCCUUUUUCUGGCUCAGGUAGUACGGACGACCCAACCAAAGAUGGAAAUGAGCAGUCACUGGCGAGAGCUCGAAGUUUCCCAGGUGCAACACCUUUUGUGUUUACCAGACGAAGCUCUAUGUACUUUGAUGAAGAUGGUGACUUGGCCCAUGAGUUCUAUGAAGAGACAAUUGUGACAAAGAACGGCCGUAAAAAAGCCAAGCUGAAGAGGAUUCAAAAAAAUCUCACACCUCAGGGAAUUAUAAAGCUGGACCACCCUUGCAUCCAUGUAGAUUUCCCAGUUGUUCUCUGGGAAGCGUGAUCGUGUCUGAGGAGUGUCUCAAACUGUCCACUGUGUCAACUCCGUCCUCUGGUUUCCCCUACAACUGGAAGCCUGAACCACCUUUUAAAAUAACGAUCUCUUGAUCUGUCGAUGCUGCCUUUUUGUGGACAGGCUGAUGCGAUGUGUGCUGAGCCUCUGCAUGUGAUCAGUUAAUGGCUUUUGUGCAGUUAGACACAGAAUAGGUCACCAGUGGAGACCUACAAGGGUGCCAAGUUGGCAAAACCUACUCAGUUUACAGAUCAUGGUUUGUAUGCAUGUAAGUGUUGAAUGUGUGUGCAGACAUGGGAUGAAAUGUGACAGAGUGUGGAAUUGUUUGCUGCCGAUUGUUUUCUGGUAAACCUCCCUCAACCUCAAGGAGUUUAAGGAGGAUCUGUCACAGACCUGUUUGGAGGAGGAAAGUUUUAAAUGCACACAUUAGUGUUUAUGACACCAUCAUGACUUGCUUUAUUAUGCAUGGAACAGGAUCUACUUAUCAAUAAUAGCCUAGGAAGUUGACAAUCAGUGGCCCACAACAUCUGAAGUGGAUUAAGGUCAUAAUGUUGGAUGGACUGGCUUCAGUGAGCCACAUGUGUACACAGCAGCAGUGAGUCUAGGAGAUCCUGUCGUUUCCUUUUGCUGCUUUGACAUACUAUGUUUCACUUUUAAUUUAUAACUGUUUUUUAAUUACACUUUGAAAUGCUAAA